AAUUUAAAAUAUAAAUUCUCUACAAUAUUCAUAUUAUAUAUUUUUGUUAUUUUGUUUAAUAUAGCUAUAUUGUUUGUUUAAUAUAGCUAUAUUGUUUGUUUAAUAUAAAUUAUGAUUUAGACCGACGUACCUAACUAGUAAAAAGAUUAUAUUAGCCUAGCUCAGGUGUAUUUUGCACUUACGAGUUUUCAGAAGCAGUGAGAAUGGGUGAAAAGUGAAAAGAAUUAAUAAUAUUUAUAAAGUUUAUUAAAGGCCUAUUAUAUGCAAGAAAACUGAUGAUGAUUAAAGUCAAUGACUAAUUUUAGUGAAAAGUACUAAUAUUAUGAAAAGUAUAUGAUUUUACAUUAUCUAAUAUCUACGUCGAAAUGUUGUUACGAUCAUACUCAAAAACAAGAAAUAGCUUACUUCUCUGUUCAAAACAAUGUGUACCUGUAAAAUCAUACAAUGCCGUUUACAGUCGUUUUUUCAGUGAUGAAAUUUUGGAUCACAAUAAAAAUAUAAUAAAUGGUACUAUAUUGAUAGAGAAUGGAUAUAAUGUUCAAGAGCUGCCUGUGGUUAUAAGAAAAAUUAAAGAUCUGCCUGAAUUAGAUUCGUCAUUAAUUAAAAAAGCACCCGAAGGUUCCAGUGAAUCGAUAAAUUACCAUUUGAUACAAGAAGAGUUCAAACAAUGUAUGAAUCUACGAGAUAUAUUCACACUUAUUAACAAAUGCACCAAGAUUACUCCUAAUAUUGCUCUUGGAGCAAUUGAAAGAAUCUAUGAAUUGGAGAAAAACCCACUUACAUUACCAAUUGAUACUCAAAAUGAUCACAUAAAUUAUGCAAAAGAUGCCAUAUUAGAGAAACUGUUAAAAGUUGUAAUGAAGACUGAAGAAACACAGACAAUAAUAAAUAUUCUUAAGACAAGUUCAACAUUGAUUGAACCAUAUAAAUUCAAAUUUUGUGAUGAACUUCUACUACGGGUAAUUGAUAGUAAGCUCUCAGUAGAACAAUUAUGUGAGUUUGCUAAAUUCCUCACAGAAAAUAGUAAAGAGCCAAAGUAUCAUGAAAUGAUUGAUAAAUUGUGGGUUGGGUUUAAAGAAAAGGAAGAUCAGAUUAAUGAGACAAAUAUUGUUGAUAUAUUUAAAGCGCUGUCUGGUUUUAAAGUGAGCAAAAAAAUUAUAACUCUGCUGGUGGAACACAAACUGGCAGAGUUGUGGCCUCAAAUUAACACUGAUUCUAUGCAAGUUAUUAUGGACGUAAUAAUUACUGAAAAAUACUUUUCAUUUCAAACACUAGCAAUAUUGGCGAACUGGUUUUAUGCAAACAUACAUGCCUUUAAUGAAGAGACAAUGCUGGAAAUUCUAACCAAAUUUAUGAAGCUUGAUUAUUAUAAUGAACAAGUUGAGAGAGCCUUAGAGAAAUAUUUACGGUUCAAAAGAGAGAAAAUUCAAUCAUAUGUUUUUAUAAAAAACUUUCACAUACUGAAGAGAUAG